CUCAGGGGUCCCGGGCGGGUGGGCGGACUCCAUCCCCCUAGACCCUUCCGUUGUUUGACCCUAGCUUGGCCCCUACCCACACUCUGCCCCACUCACAUGUAUGUACCUUCCAGGCUGGUCUGGGCGGCAAGACACAGGGACCCAAAGCUUAGGUUUCCUAGGGGGUGAGGAAGAGCAGGUGAGGCAGGUGUGGAGAGGCAGCAGGUGUAGGCGUGUGUGACACUGGGCUAAGAGUGUGUCUGGAGUGGGAGGUGUUACGUGCGUGAGCACCUGUCAUUCUGUGUGUCUGUGUAUGUAUAUGUGCGCCUCCCACAGCUAGUUGCCAUGUGCCCUGAGCUUUGGUGACAGCUAGGGUGAGUGAGACUGCAUGAGGCAGUGCGUUUUCAUGGCCUGGCCAGAUGUUUCAGUGUGGUUGCUGAGGACCCUGCUGCACUCGUGAAGUUGUUUUGAUUGUGUGUCUGUUGCAUGUUCAACUGUGUGCUUUGAAUGAUUCUGUAUGAAGUGGCAUGUAACUACCAGAGUACAUCGAGGUGUCACUUUCUGUUGCUGUGUCUCUUUAUAAGCUUUCUAAGGCUUCUGGGAUGAGCAGUCAUUACAAGUAUGUUUGUGGUUGUGGGGCCGUGGGUUGUUUUAGCAUUUGGUACUGUCUGCUCCUGUGUGUGAUGCCUGCAGUGGGGGCUCUGAGAGUGUUAAUGGCAUCUCUGUUCUCGUUGCCUCUGUCUUUCUGCUGUUGUAAGGGUCUUUAGUGUCCCACACUAGUUCCCUCCAUUUUUCUGCAAAUAGUUCAAGGACAUAAGGGACCCUAGGGACCCACUACCCAAACAACCUGGCUUGACAGUGCGACCAGGGUCCUGCUAAAGUCAGCAGCAGAGACUCACUCUCAAAGCUGACGUCCUAGUCCCCUUCUGGAGUUCUGGAGAAGCACCCUAUGGUUCUAGCACGUGGCCCCUGUAGAGAGCCCUUGGUUAGUGCUGGGUCAGUUCCUACCCAACAGGAUUACUCAGACACCCCUUUAGAACUUCACCCAAGCCUCACUUCCUCGCUCUCCUUCAGAGCCAGGGUUAGAAGUCAUGGGCAGUAAGACUGCCCUCAUGCCCCCACCCCAAAUCACUUUGCAGCUCACUUUGGGAGGGUCUGUGAGACCAGGAACAUUACAUCUAUGUAUUUGUAGAGUCCUGAGCUUGAUAAGUAGAUUGUGUUUAUGCCAAUGACUUUGGAACCUUGGUAUAUUUCCAUAUAAGUGCUUUGUGCGUCUCAUUGUGCAGGCGCCCUAAGAACUAUAACCAAGAGAAGGAGGGAGGCUGUCUCUCCAGACUGAAACAAAGCCAGGCAAGUGGGCAAGACCAUGAUCCUUGCCCUUCCUUAAGUGGAAUCGGGGUUAGACGUGGGAACUCCAGAAGGGGACUAGGACGUCAGCUUUGAGAGUGAGUCUCUGCUGCUGACUUUAGCAGGACCGUGGUCGCACUGUCAAGACCCCCAGAAGGAAGAACAUUCACCAUGUGGAAUUGAGGGGCCCUGCUAUCCAGUGCUGUGUAUCCACCGGCAGCUUAGGUGGAUACCCUUAAAAGUAGUAAGGGUCCAUGAGCCCUGAUUCCCAGAUUGCGCGUCAGUUUGCUUCCUGCCCUGAUCCUCCUCUUAGCGACAUGAUCUCCUCCUUGCCGGGCUUCUUUAUUGGUUUAUUUUUAAUUAAUUUAUUGUGAGAUGGUCUUUUGCUAUGUAGUCCUGGCCUUGAACUCACAACAUAACUCAAGCUGGACCCAAACUUCAGCUCUCCUGCCUCAGCCUCCCAAUGUGUACCGGCAUGCCCUGCUUUCCUGCCUUCCUGCUGUACCGUCUGAUCAGUGUGGCAGGACUUGGCCUCGUGUCCCUUCCCUGUAAAAUAGGGAAUUCUAUGUCUGCAUCCUCCUGCCUGGCUGCUGACAGCCUCCCAAAGGAUAUAAGGAGGUCCAGCACCUAUAAUGACCAUCGGCAUCCUUGCAGUACAUUGCUCCGCACGUGACUCUAGAAGUGGAAAAAAAGGCUGCCAAGACCUCCCAUUUGUAUAGAGGGGCUUGCGACUGGAACGGGCUGAUUGGAUCCCCAGGGGGAGUCGUUGUCCACGGUGCUGAAGCACUCUCCAGCCUUCCCCUUCCCUAUGCAGGCAGGAUUCCUCAAUUGCAUUUGGGGUGGAGGAAGAAGCUGCAUCUCUGUCUUCAUCAUGUCUUGGUCCAUUAGCUUGGCAGCGCAGUGGCCUUAAAGUUAUGCCUCAGAGCAUCUUAGAUACACCCCGACUGUCCCAAUUUCUCCCAGCUGAAAACAGUUGGGAAAAACAGUUUCUUCGUCUGGAUCAGGUAGAUUGUGAUCCCUUCCCCCUUUCUUUGUUUCUUACUUGCUUAGUGGGGCAGCAAAGUAGGGAAAGGCUGCCAUCAGCGCUCAGCAGCGACCCCAUCUGGAAAGAGGCAGAGAAAGGGCAGUACAAACUGAGCGGGGAGUUGGGUCCUGACGGGAGCCUGGGUCCAGGAUCUCCUGAGUCUUGUUCCUUUGGCAGUUUCGUUCCUGGGUGUGGAGCGCCCCCUUGUGGCUAAAGAGCCCUCCAUACGAAGCUAAUUCCUCAGGAGCACUGUUGUUGCUAACGGGAUCAAGUUGACAGUGUGGGGGGUUGGGAAUAAGUGUCUCCGCUCCUAUCCCUCCCCCACACAGUGGACAAAAUUGGAUCAUACCUUUUCUAUGGCCUUCUCGGGAGUUUGAGGUGUUAGUGACGGAAGGAUUUACAUGUUUUGCUUUUUGUUUGUUUGGUUUUUUUUUUUUUUUUUGGUUUGUUUUGAGACGUGGUUUCUCUGUGUAACAACCCUAGCUGUUCUGGAACUAACUCUGUAGACCAGGCUGGCCUUGAACUCACAGAGAUUCGCCUGCCUCUGCCUCCUGAGUGCCGGGAUUAAAGGCGCGCGCCGCCACCGCCCGGCUUUACAUGGGGUUUUAACAACAGCAGUAAGUCUAGAAAGGGAUUUGGACAGAGAUCUAUGGAUGAGGGGACUUCUACUUGUUGCAUUUGUCUGGAAGCCAGCAUAUGAUGGUCGGGUUUUUAGAAGACUGGAAAGACAGCAGCAGACAUAGCUCUGAAAGGGCUGUUUAGCCAGGAGGCAGCACUGGGCACGCAGCACUGGGCACGCAGCACUGGGCACGCAGCACUGGGCACGCAGCACUGCCGCCUCCUCAACACACUAAUGCACUGUCCUCUUUCUCUUCCCUCCUGCUCUCUCCCAUCGGCCCAGGAAGUGUGGAGAGUUGCCAUGACAACUCUGUCCUCUCACCCCUGUAGCGUCCCUGUGCUAAUAUGGGAGGUGGGGGUGGGAGAAACAGCCAGAAGAGGGGUUGAAAUGGAGCAAUAAAAGAUAAGAUCUGCCUGGUCCACGUCUGUAAUCCCAGCGUUUGGGAAGAUAAGACAGAAGGAGUGCCAUGAGUUCGAGGUCAGUCUGAACCAUGUAGCAAGUGCCAGACAAGACCCGAUCUAAAAUAAAAGCAAAAAAAAACAAAAAAAAAAACAAAAAAAAAAAAACAAAAAAACUCGUACUUCAGUCAUCAGCUUUUCUUUCAAAAUCCGUGUGUGUCUGUUUUCCUUACCAGGAAUCCAGAAGACGUUUGGAGAGAAAGCUGUGAGCAGAGAACGCCCUGUCUCACUGCCACACCCCCAUCUUAAGAUCUUGGGGGUGGGGUACAGAGUGCUUUUGAUGACCUGGCCAAGGUGCUCUUGUGAAGCCAGCAACCUGCACGUGAGAGAGAGGCUCAGGGUCUGAGACUCCGGUCUGCCAGUCUUGCCCUCUUGCACCGCCCACUCCAAUGGGGGCGGCACCGCCCCUCAGUCAGGGACCUUGGGGGCGGAGCUUGGCCAAAGCGCUCCGAGCUGAGCCAUGAACCGCUGCCCCCGCAGGUGCCGGAGCCCGUUGGGGCAGGCAGCCCGAUCCCUCUACCAGCUGGUGACUGGGUCGCUGUCGCCAGACAGCGUGGAGGAUGAGUUUGAACUCUCCACCGUGUGUCACCGGCCUGAGGGGCUGGAGCAGCUGCAGGAACAAACCAAGUUCACUCGCAAAGAGUUGCAGGUCCUGUACCGAGGCUUCAAAAACGAAUGCCCCAGCGGCAUCGUCAAUGAGGAGAACUUCAAGCAGAUAUACUCUCAGUUCUUUCCCCAAGGAGACUCCAGCACCUAUGCUACUUUCCUCUUCAAUGCCUUUGACACCAACCAUGAUGGCUCUGUCAGUUUUGAGGACUUUGUGGCUGGUUUGUCGGUGAUCCUUCGGGGAACCAUAGACGAUAGACUGAACUGGGCCUUCAACUUAUAUGACCUCAACAAGGAUGGCUGUAUCACCAAGGAGGAAAUGCUUGACAUCAUGAAGUCUAUCUAUGACAUGAUGGGCAAGUACACAUACCCCGUCCUCCGGGAGGAGGCCCCAAGAGAGCACGUGGAGAGCUUCUUCCAGAAGAUGGACAGAAACAAGGAUGGAGUGGUCACCAUCGAGGAGUUCAUUGAGUCUUGUCAAAAGGACGAGAACAUCAUGAAGUCCAUGCAGCUCUUUGACAAUGUCAUCUAGCCCCCGGGGACAGGGGUUAGUGCAUCCUGGGGGUGACCAUGCUCUAGUCCUAGUUCAGGUGAACCUAACCCUUCUCUCCCAGGUCUCUCCUCAUUCUACCUGUACCCUGGGGGCUGUAGGGAUUCGAGGUCCUGGGGCUUCCGUAGUCCAGAUCCCCCAGAGCUAAGUGGCAGUCGUGGGCAAAGUCCAUCUGGGAGGGGGCGCUCCCCACUCCGGACGGCUCUCAUCCCCUUCUCACCAGACACCCAGUGCUGAGUACGCUGAGGCCAUCCCGGUGUAGGGACUGAGUGGUUCCUCACCUCCCGCCCCCACUCUAGCAACCACAUUAGACUGAAUGUCUCCUGCUAUGGUGCUUCCCCCAUCCCUGAUCUCAUAGACGCCCCUCUAAGAUUCCUUUCUCAGAGAACAUGCUCUGCCCAUGUCCCUGGCUGGCUUUGCAGCCUAGCCUUUGAGGGUCCUGUAAGAAGGGGGACAAGAAAGUAGAGCCAGUGAUUGGGUCCUAGGAAUUGGUUGGAGUGGAGAACAGAAAGCCUGGGCAGGUUACGAGAGCCCAAGUGGGGCUGCCACUGCCAGGUUCUAUGGGUCUAAUGGCCCCGGAUAGCAGAAUAUAAGUUCCCUGACUUCCCAGAAGGCCUUAUGUCCUUAGCAAUGUCCCAGAAAUUUACCAUAAACUUCCAGUGUCUUAGGAGAGCCUGGGAUCCAGAUAUCUGGUUCCUCCCGGAAUCCUCUCUAUCCUUCUUGCUUGUAUGAUGAGAGUGGUGGCCAGGGGAAGAUGAGUGGAAGGUGUCCCGGACGAUGCCUUCAAAGUCCCAUCCUGCCCUCCUGCCUGUCACCUGUUUUGAUGGCUUCAGUUUCAAUUUUCCAUGGCCUCUACAUUUAGAGGCGUGGAAUCAGGGAUUUUCCUGAAUUUGAGUCUUAACCACUCCUCCCAGUGGCUGCCUUAGGGGAACGGGAGGACAAAGGCAGGCACAUCUGAACCCAGUAUGGGGGCACUCAUUGGAAUGGGUUCCCAACCCUCCACAAUGCCCUAGGGUCCCUCUCCCCCUCUUUAGUCUACCCAGAGAUGCCCCUGAGCUCACCUAGAGGGCAGGGACCCUAGGAUCCAGGUCGGACCUUAUUGUCAGCACCCUGCCAUGCUGCUGCCCCUCCUAAUAUGCCGGCUUGUCUCAUUCCUCAUUCCUCACCUUCCCAGUCGGCUAGGGUCUGAGGGGAGGGGCCGCACAGAGCCCCUCCUGUCAGACAUUGUUGACUGCUUUGCAUUGUGGGCUCUUCUACAUAUUUUGUAAAAUAAGACACCAGAUCCAAUAAAACAACGGCUAUGCACAGCCUGCUGCCUCUGCUUCUUUGUCCCGCCCACCCCACAAAUGCCGUGGGAUCCAGAUGACAGGCCUACAGCCCUUCAAAACCCAAAAAGGUGCUCGCCUUUUCAAGUAUGGCCAUCCCUUGGCACAUACCCGAGACUCAGGAAAUCCAUCUGAACUUAGCCGCUGCAUGAAUCUCCUCCUGACCUGAGAACGAUGGAUACUGUCUGAAGAUAAUGUGUGCCAAGGAAUUUGGUUUUUUAUUUUCUUUUGCCA